AUGAAGCCUGAUGGCAGUGUUACAUGCAGCCCGAUUGAGAAGGCUGCCUUGUCUUAUGAAAUGAAGUCUCUGUUAUCAGAAUUAGACGCAUAUGGUGGAAUAGAGCUUAAUGCCUUCUUGCCUUUGAUUUUAAGACUAAUUGGUCAAUUAGCUCAAAUUAGCUGUAAUCUUACGGCUAUUAGUUCGGGUAGUGUUCUUGCUCCUCUGUUCUUCGUUUUAUAUACAAGUGAUAUGGUGGUCCGCUUACAUUUGAAUUGCAACUUAGGAAUAUGGCCCCGGGCAGUUUCAUCUAACUGCAGAGUCACACUUCAGACUGCUGACUCGUUUUUGUCCAUUAAGUUUCUCCUGUCUGACUUAGGUUUGGGUAUUGCCAUCGUAAGGGAUGUUGAGGAUCUUUCAGUCUUAUACAAAAUUGUGACGCACGACCACAACGACCUGAAGAAGGAGGAACAGAACAUCAUCUGCGGCGCCCUUGAGCUGCACAAGAAGACGGUGGGCGAGGUCAUGACCCGGCUGGACGACAUGUACAUGCUCAGCGUCGACACCGUCCUCGAUUUUAACACCAUCAACGAAAUCAUGCAGCAAGCUGUGGAGCCCUUCAAAGAGGGUCAGCUGUCAGAGAUCAUUGUGAAGAAACUGUUAACACAAGACGUGAUACACUGUAUUAAGCUGCGGACCAACAAGGAACAGUCAAAGGCAGAUCAGCACACCUAUAUAUACAUGCAAGGGAAGCCAGUGGAUUACUUCGCAAUAAUUCUUGAAGGACAUGUCGAAGUCACUAUAGGAAAGGAAGGGUUAACGUUCGAGAGUGGACCCUUUACCUAUUUUGGUAUUUCAGCUCUUUCACACAUUCACUCUAUAGGAGAGUCUCCCUCUGCAUCAACUCAGCUCAGCAAGGGGAGUAUGUUGGGGAGUGUUCAGUCCUUGGACAACACAAAAUUCUCCUUCCUCCCUGAUUACUCAGUUCGUGCCAUCACUGAGGUCACCUACCUCAAGAUCCGUCGGUCUCAUUAUUUUGCCGCUCGCCGCGCAUACCUCCUGGAGCAAGCUCAAAAGGAACCUCAUAGUGUAGAGCACUUUGAGAAGGAAAUCGCCAAAAUGUUAAUUGAAGAUGAUGGCCCAAGUUCACCAGCCUUGGGAGAAUGGCCCUCCCACGUCCCUCAAUUCCAAGGAAAACUCUGGAAUGGCCAAUGGAUCAGCAGUGAAUUCCUUUGAGAAGGGAAAUGACAUCGAGAUGGGCCUCCACGACUACCCCAUGUACCCACCGUCUCCCCCGGUCCCAAACAGUAGCCUCAAGAACUCUGUCUCGGUGCCAGGCACACCCCUCAGCAGCCACAGCCACACCAGCAUGAAGCCAAGCAACAGCUACACUAACCUGCAGCAGGACUGCCCGGCCCCUAUCUCAGGCAGCACGAGCGUCCAUGCAGCCAUGGAGGGCAGCCACAAGACCUCGGCUGCCAAAUCUGACAACAUCCCCUUGACCAACAACCUAAGUGUAAGCUCCAUUGAGGACAAUGGUGAGCAGAGGGUUGUGGGGAGCCCAGACGUCAGGUCCAACAUGGGACGCCACAUGAGUGUCGACUACAAGCCAAGCAACCUAGACAGUGAAGGGGUUAUAGUCCACAGGCGGGAAUCCUCUUUUUCUUGAGAGAGGGCCAAGAGUCUGCAUGCCAGCAUCCUCCUGUUGGUGUUGAUAAGUCUUUGUUGUCAGGUUAGUUGUGAAUUUCACAGACCAAGAAUGAGAACGAGAACCCCCUCUGAAGGAAUGCUGAUGCCAACUUUUGUCAUUUAUGUACACAAAUUUAGUGAUAGAUGACAUAAAUUAACCACUUCUGUGGUAGCAAGAUCCGGAAGUAUAUAGAAAUGAAGCAUCAUUUUUGUGAUGUUUAAUAUAUCAAAGAAAUGGUUAGUAAUAAAUGUAGCAAUAACUAAUGAUAUGAAGAAGUUUAUGACUAAUAAUUUAGUCAUCCUGAGUGUAUUAUUUUAGAAUUGUGAACUAAGUGCUACUUGGACUUAGCACUGCCAGUGUUGAUAGUCAUUGAAUAUGAUUUUAAGAAAAGUUUAUUAUUAGUAAGACAGCAUUAUGUUUUUUUGAUGUCGAUCAUUAUGGGUACUUUUUUAAAGCAUUCUACUUUUAACUGCCAUAUUCUAAAUCAAAUGAACAUGUUUUUUUCAUUUUUGCCACAAGACUUUUUUCAUAUAUGAUAACUACAAGAUGAAUGAUAAAAUACAUUGCAUUACAGUUAUUCUUCACAUCUUGAACUGAAGAUAUUUAUGUUGUGUUAGACAUUCAGUGGUUGUUUAACCAAAAGGAAUAAAUACCAGCCAAACUUAUUCUCAUGGUGUAGUUUGAAAUGGCAAAAGAAAUACAGUCAUGGGUGCAACAUGUUACUCAACAUUGUUAGUAAUUCAAAAAUUGUUUGGAUGGCAUAAGAUAAGAUUUUGGUGUAUAGAAAAAAAA